GGAGGAACCCAUCUUUUUUUUUUUGCGCAACCCCAAAACCAAAGCAGACCCGGGCCGAGGAGGAGAGACGGAAACGGAGAGCCGCCGCGGUCUUUACGCACAACUGUCUGGACACAAUAAAUGGAGUCCAGCUGUGUCUGCGCUACACGUCCAAUGGAGAGCGGCUAAAACGGGAAGCACCGACUGCGCUACAUUCACGUGGGUGCGAUGAGAACGGGUGUCAGCCACCGUCCAGCCCGUGUUAGCCUGCAUACGGAUAACAGCUUUACAUCGUCCACUCAAAGCUUAUAGCUGCGCGCCCCGCACCUCGCCGUGUAUACGUGCGUGCGUGUAUCUGUGUGUGUGUGUGUGUGUGUGUUGGACUAGUUGACUCCGAGAAGACGCAAGUAAAGGGGAGACCGUGAUAUCCGUGUGGAAUCCCGGAGCCGCACAAAUCUCUAAACAACAACAACAUUCAGAUGAUCUGAGACACGGACUCGAUCCACGGAAGGAAAAAGCCAAAUUGUUUUUUUUAAACCAUCCAAACGUCGUUUACAACCGGCUCUCCACAAACCUGGAAAGCAUACGAAGAACUGGCCAAAGAUCAACGGAAGCACGACGGAUGAGAAAAUAAGAAAAGUGAGAGUAGAAUAACAAAAAAACAAACUAACCCCGAACCCCAGGUCGACAGAGGACCAUGUUUGUCCCCCUGCCGGUCCCCUUCGUCUUUCAGAGAACAGCGUCCGACUUCAGCGCCUGGAGACUCAAGUCCUCGCUGGCUCCGCGGUCCAGCCCCGAUAUCAGGAUGUCUAAAGCAGCAGAGGAGGAGAAGCCUGGGGCUGAGUAUCCAGGGGACAGUUCAGACUCUAACAGAAACAGCCCUGAUGACCAGGUCCAGCCGAUGAAAACAAGCCCCUUCAGCCUCUCUCCCACACCGGCUGUCAGCAAGGGAAAUAGCGAGGAGAGCGAGGAGAUGACCCACAGCACCGUCCCUCCUGCUCCUCCUGCACCUCCCUCCCAGCAACAGCAACAACAACAGCAACAGCAACAACAACAGCAACAACAACAACAGCAGCAACAACACCACCACACACAGAUGAUGCUGGCUGGCAGUCAGCUAGCAGGGCUUGCUGCUCUCCUCCCGGCCCAGCAGCAGCUGCUCCUCCAACAGGCUCAGGCUCAGCUCCUGGCGGCCGCCGUUCAGCAGUCCAACGCCGCCCACGCCGCCCAUGCAGCCCACGCAGCCCACGCAGCCCACGCCGCCGCCCAGCAACAGGCCAACCAGCAGCAGCAGCAGAACCAGUCGCAAUCCCAGCAGCAGCAACAAACCAAACAGGAACAAACUAUCCAAGUCCCGCCUCCACCACAGCUAACCCUGUCACAGCCAAUCCAGCUCACAGCCCAGGACAUCCAGCAGCUGUUGCAGCUCCAGCAGCUGGUUUUGAUGCCGGGUCAUCAUCUCCAGUCUCCUGCCCAGUUCCUCCUGUCUCAGCCAGCACAGGCGCAGCAGCAGGGUUUGCUCUCAACACCAAAUCUGAUCCAGCUACCUCAGCAAAGCUCAGGGGGACUACUGACAACUCCACCUCGCCUGGGACUCCAAGCACAGAGGGAGAAGAGCAGCGAUGUUGUGGUCGGUGGAAGCGGCGGUUCCAUAGUUGCCAGCGGCGUCGGGACGUCUGUAGGAGCCACCUCGGCGUCCGGCAGCGCCAUAGGUUCCUCGUUGGCGUCCGGAUUGACUCCCGGAGGUCACGGGAGUCACAUGGGGGAGGAGCCCAGCGACCUGGAGGAGCUGGAGGUGUUCGCCCGCACCUUCAAACAGAGACGCAUCAAGCUGGGAUUCACCCAGGGGGACGUCGGCGUGGCGAUGGGCAAACUGUACGGCAACGACUUCAGCCAGACCACCAUCUCCCGAUUCGAAGCUCUCAACCUGAGCUUUAAGAACAUGUGCAAGCUGAAACCGCUGCUGGAGAAGUGGCUGGGAGAUGCAGAACACAUGGCAAUAGACAGCAUGCUGCCCAGCCCGUCUCUCUCCUCCCCCAUGCUGGGCAUCGAGGGUCUAUCCGGCCGACGCAGGAAGAAGCGCACCAGCAUCGAGACCAACGUGCGAGUGGCCUUAGAGCGCAACUUCCACAUGAACCAGAAGCCUACCUCGGAGGAGAUCCUUCUCAUGACGGAUCAGCUCAGCAUGGAGAAGGAGGUGAUCCGCGUUUGGUUCUGCAACCGCAGGCAGAAGGAGAAACGCAUCAACCCCUCCAGCAGCACCACGCCUCCCCUGCCCAGCCAAACCUCACCUGUCAUGACACACAAAGCCCCCUGCUACAGCCCGCACAUGAUAUCGAGUCAUGGUCUGUCCCAGGUCACCGCCUGCCUCAGCACAACAGCCGCAAGCUCUUCAGCAUCCUGCACCAUGACUCCCGUCAGCUCCGCCACGGUGGGCUCCACCUCUUCUUCUGUGACCCCGCCCCCUCACAGCACAGCUAGCUCCGUCCCUCACAGCCUCGGGGCCCACGGGCUUAUCACCGGGAACACAAUGAUGGGAGUAAGCACAGGGAUGAACCAGGCCCUCAUUGGCAGCAACCCCCUGGCUACCAUGCAAGCCCUGGCAGCCAGCAGCGGGCAGCUGUCCAUCUCCGGCCUCGAGGGCGGAGCGGCUCACAUGCUUCUGGGCGGACCCGGGUGUCCCGGCGUACCCCACUCCCUCCGCCCCUCCCUCUUCCUCAACCGCCCCACCCUCCUCCCCAUGGUGACCGGCUCUAUGGCGACACCCUCCACGCCUUCCAUGGGACUGGUCAGCGGUGUUGGCGGGUACGGCCCGAGGCUCUCCUUCUCCCAAUCUCCGCCCCCGGGCACCAGUGGCCUCAUGAGCCCGACCUCGUGCCCCGAGGAGUCCGCAUCUCCUUGUUCAAGUCCCGCCUCUUUCUGUUCCUUCAGCGAAGCCUCGCCACCGCCCCUGGGAGGGGCCAUGGCCGAGUGAUCCCCGACUGACAGCCAAAGUAUCCUAUCAGCAGAAGACGAGGAGGAGGAAGAAGAGGACGAGUUAAAGGAGCUUUAAAAAAAUCUUAAAUUUACAACCUCGCCUUUCAACCAAAGCCAUCUCUCUGUCUGAUCCGUCUCCGAUAUCGUCUCUCUCUCUCUCUCUCUCUCUGCGUCCCCGCUGAAGUCUUCUGAAGCCAAAAAUAUACACGGACGGAUGACGGGACGAAGCCAAGAGAGAGGGAGGAUGGAGAGGAUAGAGAGAACGGAAGAGCGGAGGGGGGGGGAUUUGAAACCAAAUAAUGAUCUACAGCUGGAGAGGUGGCACUGAGGAGUGUUUUAUUUGCGCUUGGCAUCGGGAAACCGACAGCAUGCUUUUUAUCUGCUGGAGGAAGAGACGAACUCGCCGAGGGCAGGGAUGAGAAGAGAGACUGUGUGAAAAAUGGGAGGCAAGAAGAAAAGACUUGUUUAACAAGCUCGGAAGGUCACGUGGUUGUAACCGAAUUUAAAAAAACAAAGAGAAGAUGCUAGAAGAGAAACACACACUUACAAAGAUGAAAACCAAAAUCUCCAAAUACCAAAAACUGAAAACCAAAAAAGACAACAAACGAAAAAAAACAAACGGAGAGAAAAGCUUUAGUUCAAAAAAAGACAUCCUGAUCUGUCCAGGUUCAGCUCAAUGCUCCAUUCUACUUCAUGCCAAGCAUUCUGCAUUUCACUCAGGAUUUCCUUUAGUCUCAUUCUCAGUUUUUACAAAACAUCUAUUUUUCUAUCAUUUUGUGUUCAUCGCUCUUCAUGGUAUUCCUUACCAAAGGUAAAUGUUUAAGCUGAUCCCACAUGCAGGAUAUCUACCUCUCUCUUUACAGCUUUACAGUGAUGAACAUACCUUACAUUAGAACAGACAGUGUUUGUUUUAAACAGCCUGGAGUGGCAGAAGUGUGGGGUUUGCUACUAGAAUUACAAUAGCAUCAGGUAAGAUCCCAAUACGUACCAACUGGAGUUUAAAACUUAACUUCAAAAGGCUGGUAUUCAUUAAAUCCUACCUUUCUGACAAGUCAAUAGAAUAAAACCAAGCGGACGUGUUUGACCAAGGUAAAAAUGAGCACGUUGAUCUUUUGUUUUUUAUUUAUUUAUUUUAUUUAUUUAAUUAUUUUGAUCUUAAUUUUCUGUUCACAAAGAACAUUUCCAUCAGGUUUUUCCAUCACCAUCACCAUUAUCAAUAUUCUCGUUGUUCUCUUUAACGUCUGCUCAGACUGAAGUGUACACACUCUACACUCCUACUGCCUACAAAGAGGACACCAGGGGCGGACGUGGACAGUCUUGGGAUUAUAUUCAACGUUGUUUGUUCUCCUUUAUUUAUCAUCGCCCCAUCCACGCCUGCACCAUCGCCAUGUCAUCCUCCAGACCGCUCAUCGACCACCAGACAGUCACUCUUGGAUACCAAAGCAUCGCCUCUGGCAGCGUUGUCUCUUGAUUCGCCCGAGAGACGAGUGUCCAGACAAAAACCUCAGCAGAGUCAAAGGGAAAACACACACACACACACACACACACACACACACACACUACAAGCAUAAGAAAGAGUCCAAACCAAAAAAAAAAGAACAAAGGAAAGAGGUGAAGCACCGGCGUUCCCCUUACUGCCCCCAAACCCCUGCCCUCCGUCCCUCCCUCCCAUCUUCCCCUCUCCUUUGUCUCCAAAGAUCCGAUCAAAGGGUCAAAAGAAAAGAGGAGACGAAGAAGAUGAAGAGGAGGAGAAGAAGCGGUCAGGAGCGGAGGAGCCAAAGGUAUGAAAAAGCUGCAGGGGCUAAGCAGGAAGAAGAGGAGGAAGAGGAGCAGGAGGAGGUGCGCUCGAAGCGGCGGACCAAAUAACCAAAAAGUAACCCAAAACCAAAAGCUACUACUACUGCUACUUAUAAUGUGUGAGUGACUGAACCGCAAACGAAACCAAAUACAAACAAAGAGGGGGAGGACGGGGGGAGCCGAGGGGGGAGUAAGGCCCUGUCUGUCUGUUUGUCUUUAGCUGUGAUUGCCGUUCUUGUAUCGACGGACAGAAAUCCUUCCCUCCCUCCCUCUGCCAGCAAACCUCGGCUUUCUUCUCACUUUCUUUUUUCCUGGACGGAUAAAAAUAUGGAAUAACCUCAACAAACUGACUUUGAGAAUAUAUAUAUAUAUAUUUUUGU